AUGGAAAGCUUGGCUGUGCAGCGCCAGAUCCGUGAGAAUGCCUCGUACUUGCAGGAUUACUUUUCAGACAUGAGCGCAUGGGAGAAGUCCAUGGCCAAGAAGGAGCAACAGCUCCAAGGAUCCAAACGAUCCGCCGCGCCAGUCCGCCGUGCAGUGGCCAUGAGUGUGCGCGGGUCCGACGGCUCAGUGUCCAUCCAGCACCCGCUGAAUGCCACCAUCGACACCCCAAGCAAGCCGACGAAGGCGCCAUCCCAACACGUGUAUGACAAGGGAUACAAGAAAUGGGACUCGAUGCUGCUCUGA